CUGUGGCAUCCGUCACUAUUCUGCAAGUCGCACGAACAAAGGCGUCCAACAAACAACAGACAAGAAGCACCACCACCACCACACCAUGGAGAGGAGGAUUCAGAAGGAGACGCAGAAGCUGAAGAGCAUCGACUCCAGCAAUGGCGUCACUGUGAAUGUCGACGCAAACAACUACAGAUACUUCCACAUUGACAUGAAGGGCCCAAGUGGGUCCCCUUAUGAGGGAGGAAGCUUCAAGCUGGAGUUGUUUCUGCCACAGGAGUACCCCAUGUCCCCUCCCAAGGUCCGCUUCUUGACCCGUAUCUACCAUCCAAACAUUGACAAGGUCGGCCGCAUCUGCCUCGACGUCCUCAAAGACAAGUGGAGCCCUGCAUUGCAGAUUCGCACCGUCGUCCUCUCCAUCCUGGCGCUACUUGGAUCGCCGGAGCCGGACGACCCGCUCGACGCCGCGAUCGCCAAGAUGUGGAAGGAGAACCACGCCCAGGCCGUCGCAACAGCUAAGGAAUGGACGAGGCAGUUCGCCAUGUGAUGCAAGCACUAAUCGGACAACCCAUCCUUAACCCCCACCUCGCUUCGCGGACACAGCCACCUGCACUCGAUUCCCGUGUCCUCCCCUCCUUCCUCGUUCACUCAUUUCUCCAUUUCUUUUGCAGCCGUGGCCUGUGUUUGUGUUGCCUGCCCUCUUUGUCGCAUCAAGUGUUAUCUCCUGCCUGCCCGUACAACGCCCAUGAUUGACUGUCACCUGCUUGCCACUUGUUGUGUGUGAAGUUGUUGUUGCUGUUUGCUAGUUGCUGGUGCUCCCAUUGCUCUUCCCCUUUCUGACUUCAAACCGAUUCACCUACACCUGCGUUUGCACGCCUGUGCGUAUAUGUGCUGUUCCCGUGUCAGUGUGCGUAUUCUUGUCGCUGUGUUUUUUUUUUUUUUUUGUCUUGCCUGCACGAAACAUGUGCUUCGAAAUACACUCUCGCUUGUCAUUGAGCCGUUUACUCAGUGGCGUUGUGCUGCC